CCUCUGUCUGUUCCUCCUGCCCCUCUGCGCCAUGUCGAUGCUCUCGGGGUGGGUAGAGUCUCCAGGCUAUCCCCGUGGUUACCCACCUGAUACUAGUAUGAACUGGAGCAGGUGUGCCCCUCCCGGCCACACCCUCGCCCUCAAGCUGACACACCUGGACAUGGAGGACAGUGACGGCUGCGAGAACGACGCCCUGGAGGUCAGUAUAAAGGGUUAAAGGCAAUUAUUUAUAUAUACACUAUAUGACUGAUAGGAGGUGCUGUUUUGAAGCCACUGCGCCUCCAUCUUGGCACUCCCCCACCAUUGUAAAAAUGAUUUUGGAAGCUAUAGAAAUGCAUUUAUUAAUUUCUACAUUUGGUUUUGCCAUGCUCAUUCUAUUGCAGACACCUUAAUGCAUACUGUUAAAGGAUAUUAUGUGAGCUAAACAUAAAAAUAUACAGUUUUCCUUGAAGGAUACUUAAAUACAUGUUAUUUUGUCCUUGAAACGUGUACUUGAAAUAGUGUAGAAUUUCAUUCAUUCAUAUGGAGGACUUCUUCUUCUGAGGAGUGCCACUAUGGCCGACUGGUAGCGUCAAUGCCUCUCAUUGGCCAAUACAUAGCAUCAACAAUCCAUUGGUUAAAGUCAGGUGUCACUGACUCAAGGAUGACACUUUUACUGUAAUGUAACAUACUUUGAGACAUAGCAAAAAGUAGUCUAUUAUUCCUAUUAUUGGGGUGGGAAUGGGAGGGAUAUUAGAUGUCACAAUUAGAAAUCCUAAGGUGUCCAUGUGUUGUUAAAGAUCUGAUAAAAUUAUCCCUUUGUUAGAUCUUUGCAGAUGGAAAGCAGAUAGCCAUUCAAUGUGGUGAAAUGUCGUUUGAGGACCUUGAUUCUACCGUCAAUCCCUCACUCCUCUCCUCCAUGGAGGGCUGCCUCUCUCUCUCGUUCCGCUCAGACUACUCCAACACUAAGAGGCACACUGGCUUCAGAGGGUUUUACACACUGCAAGGUGAGGAGGAGAAAGGGACCAUUGUUUCAUAGAGCAUUGAUGUAUUUCUCUUAGACUAUGAUGAAAUGAAAAACAUUUUUUUUGUUGUUGUUGUUGUUGUUGUUGUUGUUGCGUUACCUCAUGUGACCAUUGAUUGGUACCUUAGUCAGACCUAUGUUGUCUUUUUAACAGACUUUGAUGAGUGUGAGGACGACCCAGAUAACGGAUGUACCCAGUUCUGCCACAACUACAUCGGAGGCUACCUCUGCUCCUGUCGCCUUGGUUACCACCUGGACACAGACAGACACACCUGCACAGGUAUGGAGAAACAGAGAGAGAGAGAGAGAGAGAGAGAGAGGAGAGAGAGAGAGGAGAGAGAGAGAGAGAGAGAGAGAGAGAGAGAGAGAGAGAGAGAGAGAGAGAGAGAGAGAGAGAGAGACGGGAAGGGAAGGGAAUGGGAAAGAGGAAGUGAAAGACAGAAGGAACAGAGGAGAGAAGAAUGAAGUAUAAUGAUGAUGAUGCCAAUUGUAGUAAUAACAACAAAGACGUGAUGGCGUUACUACUUGUUGCUCGUACAGCUACCGACUUCAUGUUACAACACCAUCCCUCUAUGAUGGUAAUGAUGAUGACAAUGAGGGUUAUGUUAUUGAUCAUACGUCUCUACCGCAGUGAGUUGCACUGAGGACCUGUCCGGCUCACUGCGUGGCGUGAUAUCCAGUCCGCCUCGGCCCGGCCCGUACGCUGAGCAUGCCCACUGCUCCUACACCCUGUCAGUAGAGGACAACCUGGAGCUGCUCCUACGCUUCACUGGGGAGUUUGAUGUGGAGCAGGGGCCUGAUGGACAAUGUGUGGACACACUCAUGGUGAGUAGCUGUAGCCUAUAAAUAGGGUCCCGAGUUUUUCUUAGUCAGGUCAUGUGGUCAAGAAAAACUCAGCUGAUUCUCAUCAUUACUAUGUGUAAAUUCUGUGAAAUUCCUACUUUAUGCUUUGCACCCAUGAAGGUGACCAAUCCCUCUAACAAGAUUUGCACCUGACAUACGCUGUGAAAGUAACCAGGAAGUGACUACCCCCUCAGCCUUGUAGUUUUUCCAAUUUUUUCAAAGCGCAAAAAUAUAGCGCAAUGGUCUAGUGUAAAAACGUAAUAAAAGGCAUCUGGUAGCGGAAGUGGCCGUCACCUUCACAGCGAAUAGGAGGACAUUAAACCAAUCUACUACAUUUCAAGGUCACUGAAUAUGCUUCAACAACAAUGUCCCCCUCUCACCUUGUAGUCUUACAGUAUUCCUGAUACAGUACAUAUCAUAUUUUCCUGGUACAACAUUCUUCAUACAACAUAUUCUGUUGUUUUCAGGUUGAGACUUCCUCUGGGACUCGGGGGCCAUUCUGUGGCCGUGUGCCUCCCUCCUCCCCCCUCCGCACUGGGUCACACCGCGCCCGCAUUCUCUUCAACUCCGACGGACAGGGCUCCAACAACGGCUUCACUAUCCACUACAAAACCACAAGUAAGGGUUUCUAUAAGGUCAGGAAACUACUAAUUUCCUUGCACACGAUAACUGAAAAAUGACAACUUUUAUACAUAAAAAAAGCACAUUACUGAAUUAAAUAAUGUAAUAUAUAUAUAUACCAUUUAGCAAACGCUUUUAUCCUAAGUGACUUACAGUCAUGCAUUGGGCCCUAACCUGUGGAUUUCACAUGACUGGGAAUACAGAUAUGCAUCUGUUGGUCACAGAUACCAUAAGAAAAAUGGGCCUCACAAAGGGCCUCAGGGUCUCAUUGCGGUAUUUCUGUGCAUUCAAAUUGCCAUCGAUAAAAUGCAAUUGUUCAUUGUCCGUUGCUUAUGCCCGCCCAUACCAUAACCCCACUGCCACCAUGGGGCACUCUGUUCACAACAUUGACAUCAGCAAACCGCUCGCCCACAUGAUGCCAUACACGUGGUCUGCGGUUGUGAGGCCUGUUGGAUAUACUACCAAAUUCUCUAAAAUGACAUUGGAGGCGGCUUAUGGUAGAGAAAUUAAUGUUCCAUUCUCUGGCAACAGCUCUGGUGGACAUUCCUGCAGUCUGCAUGCCAAUUGCACACUCCCUCAAAACUUGAGACAUUUGUGGCAUUGUGUUGUGUAACAAAUCUGCACAUUUUAGAGUGGCCUUUUAUUGUCCCCAGCACAAGGUGCACCUGUGUAAUGAUCAUGCUGUUUAAUCAGCUUCUUGAUAUGCCACACCUGUCAGGUGGAUGGAUUAUUUUGGCAAAGGAGAAAUAAGCUUUUUUUGCAUAUGAAACAUUUCUGGGAUCUUUUAUUUCAGCUCAUGAAACAUGGGACCAACACGUUACAUGUUGUGUUUAUAUUUUUGUUCUGUAUACAAUGUUGUUGAUCCACCCUCAGUUUUCUCCUAUCACAGCCAUUCAACUCUGUAACUGUUUUAAGAUGGCUAUUGGCUUCAUGGUGAAAUCCCUGAGCGGUUUCCUUCCUCUCUGGCAACUGAGUUAGGAAGGAUGGCUGUAUCUUUGUAGUGACUGACCAAAGCCUAAUAACUUCACCAUGCUUAAAGGGAUAUGUCUACUUUUCAUGUCAACUUUUUAAAAAUUCAUAAAAUCUACCAAUCGGUGCCCUUCUUUGCGAGGCAUUGGAAAACCUCCCUGGUCAUUGUUGUUGAAUAUGUGCUUGAAAUUCACUACUCGAUUGAGGAACCUUAAUUGUAUGUGUGAGGGACAGAGAUUGGGUAGUCAUUAAAAAAUCAUGUUAACCACUAUUACUGCACACAAAGUGAGUCCAUGCAACUUCAUGUGUAUUUGUAAGCACAUUUUUACUCCUGAACUUAUUUCAGCUUUUCAUUAAAAACUUUUUUUUGUAUUUUCUAAAAACAACAUUCCACUUUGACAUUAUGGUGUGUAGAUUAGUGACACAAAAUCUCAAUUUAAUAAAUGUUUUAAUCAGGCUGUAACACAACAAAAUGUGGAAAAAGCAGUUGAAUACUUUCUGAAGGCACUGUAUAAUGGAUCAAAAUAAAGUGAUGACUUGUUUAAUUGCAGAAAAGACCUGCCGAGGGAUUGUGACCUCCAACUCUACCUUGGCCCCACAGCAACCUGAAUAUCACCAAGGUGACACAGUCACGGUGACCUGUGACCUAGGGAGUGUUCUGAACACAGUGAGUAGGCUACAGUACUGUAAGUUCACAAGAGGCAGUAAUAGGGUUCAGUUAGCUUUCAUAUUAAAACCAAGAGCUUGGUUUGGUACUGUAGAAAAACAUUUGGACAAUUUGAAUGUUCUCAAAAACAUGACAUAAUAGAUUGUACACUACCAGAUACAUGUGUUCUCUCUUCACAAAGGGCGACAAAGAGUAUGAGUCGACAUGCAAGAGGACAGGCGAGUGGAGUCCUGUACACCACUGU